AUGUCUGACUUCCAAGCACCACAAGCACCACAAGCACCACAAGCACCACAAGCACCACAAGCACCACAAGCACCACAAGCACCACAAGCACCACAAGCACCACAAGCACCACAAGCACCACAAGCACCACAAGCACCACAAGCACCACAAGCACCAGGCUUGAUAGGAACCUCUGAUUGUAAACAGGAGAGUGAUUCUGUUCUUUGGAAACCACUUGAUGACUCCCAGCGGUCUCUGCUUGAGAGUGUAGGAAACAAAAGGCUGGCACGUCGUCUUUACAAACGGACUUUUAAGAUAUACUCGAGAGAAGACAGACUGCAUGCGAUCGAGUUCUGUCAAACACGGAAACACAUUGAUCCCAUUACUGGUCAGGAAAGGCCAAUCUCAAUAUCUACCGCAUCAGAAAUCCUCCACAUUUCUAGAGGCACACUGCAGAGAUGGAUUACGGAGACGCAGAAAAUUACAAACAUGAAACAUGGAUCAUCAAGAGCAGAAAGGCACAGGGCCCCACCCUCGAUACUAUCAGAUCAAUAUGGAACAGAUAAUUAUGCCUUCCUUAGGCUGUUGCCACAACAGCUCUUUCAACAUCAUUUCAUACAGCGAAGCGAAUUUUAUAGGUUACACCCUCACGAGCAUCCAGUUCCCUUUAUUGGGAUAGAAGGGGGACGCCUUGGCCGGCUCAAGAGCUUCGCAGAGGCUUACCAUUUUCUCGGCCUAGGGGAAGAAGGAUCACACCCAGGUCAUCCAAGUGUACCAGCCACGGUUGACAGCAUGAAACAACCAUCACAGGUUUCAGGUGCUGGCGGUGGUGUUACCCAUAUCAUUACGUCACAAAUGCACCAUCCGACUAUAGAAAAUCCAAGGGUGCAAUACAUUAACUCAAGGUUGUAUAAACUUGCUCCUAGUUAUGACAGCAGAAGACUCGGCUCACCAUCGCAUGAUCCAUGUUAUGCUGGAAUAGGGUCUUGUGUCACAUUCAUAUGUCAGCAGAUGAUCAAUCAAGACGGUAGAAUUGAAUCCGCAAUUCCAGUUCGGGUCGGAUUUGAUUACAACGAACCAUUUCGAGGCGCACCACAACAUUGGGCCAUCUGGCUUGUUUUCGAAGAUGGUAUCACAAUAUUACUGCCGUUGUCAAUUUCUCUAAAGGGUGCAGUAGUAAAUGAGAUGGCCCCUGACACCCUGUACCUCCAAGGCUGGACAAUAGAUCACGAAUUGUUAAAGUGCAAAGGACGAAAGAGGAAGCGCGUUGACAGCAGAGAGCAGGUGGUUGAGUAUAUGCAAAAGUUUUACAGAGACUCACAGCCUAUAUACUCGAAAUUUAGGUUGAGUCCGGUCCUUCACAUAACAGACGUUGAGAUGCUCUUCUUACAGACAUCUUCCUGGAGGCCGCGCCGUUUUGCUCCAACCUGGACGUUAUACAGCACAAUCUUACAUUCCAGCUACCGAUUUGGAUUGCCACUAAGCCCAAUGUAUGGCAGGUAUACAAAUGUCAGGUUCAUGAUAAAUGCAAUUUUAGAGAAGGCACCUCGAGUGUCCUGCUCUGAGAUGCCAGUGCAACCUUUCCAGCUGAUCAAGCUCAGCCAUUUCAUACUCGAAAAUAGAGUCACUGAUGAGCAAAUCCUAGCUCGAUCCUCACACCAUCUUGACGCUUCUGGUAUUCAUUUACCACCGAAACUGGGACUUGAAGAUAUUGAAAAGUCAUUCAAACAUGAAGAUAUCACUGCCACCUCUGGACGGAACUUUCGCAGCAAAAUCAUGCAUGCACUGAAGCUGAGCCUGGAGGAAUCAAUGGAGUUCGUUGAUGAGGAGCGAAGAUGCAAGUUCUAUACCUGUCCAGAGUCUCAGGCUUCUGUUGCUUCAUAUUACUGUCUUUAUCACUCCAGAGCGCUCAUCAGACAUGCUUACAAUCUGUCUGGCUCAACGUCUGGUGGCAAUCUACUUGCAGAUAGCGCCUUUAAGCGAGAGGUAUCUAUUACAGACGAUACGCGGGGAGCUUUGCUACAGCUCAAAAGAUUUUAUUCGCGUCCCGAGAGAACCUGGAUAAUUGACUUCGAGUUUAUCUCGAUGCCAGCUAAAUACUCACCAAUUCCGCUGCAACUUGCAGUUAGACAGCUUAAUGGAAAACUACUUUAUGCGGGAAACGUGGAUUACAACAUGUCUAUGAGAGAACUCCUGGAAGCCGUCUCUCCCCACGUCUCUAAUAAGCAUAAGAUGAUGGGGACGCUCUUUUUGAGGUGUUAUGGCGGUCUGACAACGAAUGGCGAACCCCCUUCCAGAAUAAGCGAAUUUAUCAAAAACGUCCGUGGCUAUAGUCAAAGUGAUGUACAGCUACUAUCCUGGUUUUCCGCUCAAGACAUGCAAUGUUUCCUCAGGAUACUUACAGGGAAAGAUGAGUUAAUCCACGGCAAGAUCUCUCAUCUGACAUCUAGGAAUUUCCAAGCAAUCAACAUUGGUGAUCUAUGUAGAAAGCUCUUGCCCAACCUUCCCUCAAGGCGACUCGAGUCAGUCAAGGAGUACCUCGUAAGAGGCAAAGAAAACAUGGCUUCCCGAAAUUAUCACAACGCAUCGUAUGAUACUCGUGCAAUGGCAGAGAUCGUGGAGGCUCUUGUGCGUUUAGUAUGA